ACUUGGCCGAGAGUCAAUUUUAACAAUGGCAGUCUCAACUCCUUUUAGCGAAGAGGACUCCGUCCACAAGAUCGAGUAUCUUGCCAACGACAUCAAUACUUCGUCGGUGACUCUCUUUCCCUCCAGAGCUCAAGUGCGCCGAGAGAUCAAAGCCGUCCAGCUCAAGCACGGCACAAACCAAAUCACCAUUGUCGGGCUCAGCCAGACACUCGACCCAGACUCAAUCAGAGUUGAGAGCAAUGGCACCGCCACCGUCAGUAACCUGGAAGUCGAAGAAGUACCCAACCGCCAACUCUUCGACGAAGUCUAUCCCCAGGCCGAGUCCGACUCCGAGUCCGAAUCAGAUGCCGAAGAAGCGUCCGAUGCCGAUGCAAAGCCAGAAAGCUCCCAUCUAACAGCCGCCCGGCAUGCGCUCUCUCAGCUCAAUGACAAACUGGACAUUGCCCGCGAUGGUGUCUGCAACGCGGAGAGACGACUCGGGAUUCUGGAAGACAUUAGCAAGCUCGGUAACAGCAAAGGCGUCGAUUUUAUCCAGAUUACACUCGACCACUACAAAGAGCAGCGCGCAAAGGCCUGUCGAGACAUGGUUGAAAACAGACAGCUGGUGACUGAACUCACAAAGGACGUUGAAAAAGCCGGAAAAAAGUUCAAUAAGCUACAGAAGGAAGAAGACAAGAAGAAUGAGAAAAGGGACAAGGCCAAAGCCAAAGCCAAAAAGGAGAGGGAAAAGAAAAAGGCACUAAAGGACAGAAUCAAGGGUGAGGCUAAACGAGAGAGAGCGCGUCUGCGCAGAGAGCAGGAGAGAUUCUGGCCCCUCAACGUCUACAGCGUGUGCAUCACGCUGGAGGUUGCGGCUUUCACACCCGCGUCUUCACGCCGAGGCUCUACGGCUAGCGAUGUCGACAUCUCGCUGGUUUCAGCUACCGAAGCUCAGGAUGAAGCUGAAAAGCCCGGCUCUGUCGAGAGCGACCUGGUCUUCUCGUACGUCACCUCAUCGGCGUAUUGGAUGCCAAACUACGACCUCCAGCUCUCGACGACCAACGCAUCUGCAUCGCUCUUCUUCGAUGCCAUGCUCACCAACCGAACCAGCGAAACAUGGAAGAACUGCAAGGUUACGCUCUCCACCUCCCAGGCCACCUUUUCUGGCCUCGACGACAAGAUUCCUAAUCUCGACCCGUGGCGCAUCGGCAUCACUUCGGGAUACGCUGGUCGUCGCGAUGAAGACAGAAUCACCUGGAGCAGCCAAGAAAUGGUAGCCAUGAAUCAAGUCAAGCACCAGGCUAUCAUGCAGCAAGCUGAAAAUGCCGCUCAAAACAGCUCAUCAAUGGGAAAGAGGAUGAAAACACGCAAGAUGAAGCUUGCCCCUGAAGCUGUUCCUCCUCCUCCGCCAGCAGCGAUAGCUCCACGAGGUUCAGCUCUCUUUGGAUCUCAGAGCACCGGCUUCGGCAACAAUGCCGGCCCAGCAGCCACAGGCGGAGGCUUGUUCGGUUCUGUCUCAGCUACAACAUCGGCAACUGGAGGUUUGUUUGGUAGUCGUGCGCCCGCACCACCUGGAGGUUCAUUCCGUUCUUCCGCAAUCAGAGAGGAAGCAGUGGAAGCACAGCCAGAACAGACCAAUGACGCCCAAGUUGAGAAGCCUCCUUACGAUGAUGAUGCCAUCUACGAUGCCUCUCUCAUGGAGGAGACUGGGCUUACCACCACCUACGACCUUCCCGGCCUCAAGACCCUCGCUCCCAAGUACAACGGCUCCAAGCAGCGCGUGGCCCGCAUCCCCUUCUCCAACGUCAUCUUCAGCCACACCGUUGUUGCCAAGUACAAGGCCGUCGCAUAUCUCAGCGCCAAGCUGAAGAACAGCAGCAAGGUCGCUCUCCUCAAGGGCGAUGCGAGCCUCACCCUCGACGGCACCUUUAUGGGCAAAACAUUGCUCCCUCGCUGCAGCUCCGGAGAGUCUUUUAGUCUUAGCCUCGGCAUCGAUCCCGCCAUCAAGGUCACCUAUGCCAAGCCCGAGGUGCACCGCACAUCGUCCGGCCUGUUCAGCAAGGAAGACAGCGCCGUGUACGUACGCACGGUGACGCUCCACAACACCCGCGCCGUGGGAGGCCGGGCUGUCGACUUGCUCGUGCAAGAUCAGGUGCCCGUCUCGGAAGAUGAGCGGUUACGCGUGGAGCUCUUGUACCCGCGUGGUUUGGUCGUCGACAGCAACAAUGGGGUUGCCACUGGUGUGGCCGAGAAGGAGGGCCAGAGCAAGGACGAUGGUAGUUGGGGUAAGGCUACUGCGAAGCUCAAGAAGGAGGGCAAGCUGAGCUGGGAUGUGAGCUUGAAUGCCGGAAAGGCGGUUAAGCUUACGCUGGAGUAUUCUGUUUCUAUGCCUGGCGGGCAUUCUGCCUAUCAGGUCCAUUAUACAAGGGAUUAAGGAUGUUUUUGGCUAGGUUAUAUGCAUUGGGAAUAACAGGUUUUGCGGUGAUGGUGGUAGUGACUCUUUACGAAGCUGGUUUAUCUCGGAUUCUUUAUGAGCAAGUUGGACAUUAUAGGCACACAAGCGGAGAACUAAAAAAAAAAAAAAAAAAAAAAAUUAACUAUAA